CUCUAUGUCGUGUAAUAAUCUGUUUCUGCUGCGUUGAGCAGUGAUGUUGAUAUUUGUUUAGUGAAAAAGUAUAAAAAAAGGACAUGUUUGAAUUUUAUAAUCAAUUUUUCAUCACAAAUAUAUUCUUAUAUUUUCAAAUAUGCUGUGUAUUAGGUUUUUAUCUUCCUGGCUUAGCUCCUGUAAAUUAUUGUGAAGAAGGGAAAGCCGCCGAAAGUUGUCAAUCUCGUGUGAUUUUAUAUGUAAAUAGACUGAAUUCUGAAGAAGCUGUAAUACCAUAUGAGUACAAUCAUUUUGAUUUCUGCACUGCUGAUGAAUCCGACUCUCCAGUGGAAAAUUUAGGUCAAGUUGUCUUUGGUGAAAGAAUAAGGCCAUCCCCAUAUAAUAUAAGUUUCUUAAAAGAUGUUACUUGUGCUACUGUCUGUCAGAAGACUUAUCACUUAGAUAAUAAGGAAGAUGUUGAAAAAUUGAACAACUUGAAGAAAGGAAUGGUAAAGAACUAUCAGCAUCACUGGAUUGUGGAUAACAUGCCUAUAACAUGGUGCUACUUAGUGGAAGGAAAUCAACAUUUUUGCUCAACGGGAUUUCCAAUGGGAUGCUAUGUUAAUUCUGCUGGACAACCCAAGGAUGCUUGUGUAAUGAAUAAUGCAUUUUCUAAGCCUGAUACAUUUUAUAUUUUCAAUCAUGUGGAUAUUGUCAUCAAAUACCAUAGUGGAGAAGAAGAAUCAUGGGGAGUUGGCUUUAAGGAUAAGCGUGGCAGAAUUGUUAGGGUUAAAGUUAGUCCAAGAAGUCUUAAAAACCAAACUGAAAAGAAUUGUGCCAAUGAUGCUCUCCCAAUGGAUAUUCCGAACAAAUUAAAUUCAAAUGAUGUGAUCCAUAUUAAUUACACAUAUUCAAUCACUUUUCUGAAAGACAAUUCUGUUAAGUGGUCUUCUCGUUGGGAUUAUAUCUUGGAAUCUAUGCCUCAUACGAAUAUUCAAUGGUUCAGCAUUGUUAACUCCCUAGUGAUUGUAUUAUUCUUGACUGGAAUGGUUGCUAUGAUUUUGUUACGCACGUUACACAAAGAUAUUGCCCGUUAUAAUCAAAUUGAUUCAGCAGAUGAAGCUCAGGAAGAAUUUGGUUGGAAAUUGGUGCAUGGAGACGUUUUUCGUCCUCCACGCAAAGGAAUGCUUCUUGCUGUUCUACUUGGAAGUGGUGUACAAGUAUUUUUCAUGGCUUUAAUUACAUUAUUUUUCGCUUGUCUUGGCUUCUUGUCUCCUGCUAACAGAGGAGCUCUAAUGACUUGCUCUAUGGUGUUAUAUGUCUGUCUUGGGACUCCUGCAGGCUAUGUUUCUGCCCGAAUGUAUAAAGCUUUUGGUGGUAUUAAAUGGAAAUCAAAUGUUCUUUUAACAUCUGUCCUUUGUCCUGGAUGUGUAUUUAUUUUGUUCUUCAUAAUGAAUUUGAUGUUGUGGGCGAAAGGAAGCAGUGCUGCUACACCCUUCACAACCCUUAUAGCUUUACUUUCUUUGUGGUUUGGAAUAUCACUUCCCCUAACAUUUGUUGGUGCUUACUUUGGCUUUAAGAAAAGAGUCAUUGAACAUCCAGUUCGCACAAAUCAAAUUCCCAGGCAGAUUCCAGAGCAGUCAAUAUAUACCCAGCCUAUUCCUGGAAUAAUAAUGGGUGGCAUACUUCCAUUUGGUUGUAUUUUCAUUCAGCUGUUUUUUAUUCUAAACAGUAUUUGGUCAAGUCAAGUGUAUUAUAUGUUUGGUUUCUUGUUUUUGGUGUUUAUUAUUUUGAUCAUUACCUGUUCUGAGACAACUGUACUGCUUUGCUAUUUCCAUCUCUGUGCAGAAGACUAUCAUUGGUGGUGGCGAUCAUUUCUUACUAGUGGAUUUACCGGAUUCUAUUUAUUUGUGUAUUGUAUCCAUUUCUUCUUAACCAAGCUGAAUAUUACUGGUACAGCAUCAACAUUUUUGUACUUUGGUUACACGUUGAUUAUGGUGUUUUUAUUUUUCCUUUUAACAGGUAGUGUUGGCUUUUUCGCUUGUUUUUGGUUUGUCAGAAAAAUAUAUGGAGUUGUCAAAGUUGAUUGAGCACCAUAUUGCAUUAAGAAUGAAACUUGCAUGAUUUCUACACUAAUGCAAUUUCUGCAUAAACAGUUUGAGUGUGAUAAUUUUAGAUUGAUAUAUUUUAGACUUUAAUGUUUUAAUUUAAAACUGUUUUCUUACCUUUAUCUGAGAUGUUACUCAGUGUAAUCAUAUUCAUAAUCAUUUGAACUUCCAUGAACAUUUUUCCUUUCAAUUAGUGCACAUGGUUGAGAUUGGGAUAAAUUAAAUUGUUUAAUGAAUUUGUUGUUUAUAAUUUCAAUCAUUUCUUUAAAAAAAUAAUGAGCUAUCUCUAUUUAUUUCUAAUAGAUUAUAUUUGGUUGUUAAUUAUAAAAACGUUAUAUUAUGUUAAUAUGAUAGUUUGUCUUUACUGUAUAUGAGUGCCGUAUAUACCAUGUGAUGUCUGUACCACAGAAUGCAUCUUAUCACUGGAAUGUAGUCAAGAUGAUACCUCUGUAUUUUGCCUUAUUUAUAGUUAUAUGUAUGUUAAUAUUUAUGUACAUUACCAUGAGUUUAAUGCAACAUCUUAUACUUUUGCUAUAAAUAAAGAACAUUUAAUUGAUAUAUCUGUUGCUCCUUUUAAUGUUUGUAGUUUGCUUUUUUGGAGAGAAAAACUACAGAAUAGUUUUCAUUUGCUGGGAUAAAAGCCAUCCUAUAAAUCCUAUUUUCAAAAGUAAAAUAUAAUAUUUUUGGAAUCCCACGAACUGUUUUCCAAAUUAGGAUAAUCCUGCACUUCAAUUGGUCGCUUCUGUGUCUUGUGAUAUGCUGUUUUGACCAAUGCACACAUGUCUCAAUGAAUUGCAUAAAUAUAUGAACAAUGUAGAAUGUUCUUGAGAAUAUAAUGCAUAACUCAAUCUAUAGAUAUUGGGAUUGGAGAGCAAGUCUACAGUCUAUGUGACAAAAAUCCAUCCAUCCUUUUGAAAAUAUAAAGAUAUAGAAUUAGGAAUGAGAACAUUACUUCCAUGAAAUCAAUUGAUGUUCAGGCUGGACAAACUGUUAAUAACUUUUUAUUUAGUAUAGUAGUUUAAUAUAAAGAUUAUUUUCUCCAAAAUGCAUGAUGGUGUCAUAGGUUGGGGUACAUUAAAGAUAUUUCCAGCCUUGAACUUAUCUCACAACUUGCAAUUAUAAUUGAGACCUAAUUUCACUCAAAAAUGGAAAUGAAAAGCUCGUGAGCAUUUGAUGAAACUUUUAAAGGUUGUUCUGACGUUUUUCUAUUGACCAACCUUCAUGGAAAAAGAUCUUUUUAUGAACAAGAUAAUUAGCUAACGACAACCAAAUGUGAGUUUGGACAUUAUUCUUUAGAUAUAUAUAAAGAAAGAUUUCCUUUUUACAAAGCAACACAGUAGAAAAAAGAGAAAACAUGGGACCUAAACCUAAUUAUGUUCCCAAAAGAGAGCUAAACGUAAGCUGAAAGACUUUAGGAAAGCAUUUCUUUGGCUGAGGCCAUGGUAGAUGAGGGGAAAAUCUGAUCCAAAUUAGGAUUAAAACAUAACUGCAGGACAUAUUGAAGCAGGUUAAUCAUUAAUAGAUGUCAGAAAUAAGGUUAGAAACUGCUGAGAAUGAGAUGAACAAGUUUUGUGUAAUUUGUUUCUGUAUCAUUUUAAAUUGAAAUAAAGUUUCUU